AUGGCCGGGAGACCCGAGAAGGGUUUGUCUUUGAUAGGAUUCUCUCUCCUCUGUCUGAGAACGGUUAUUUCAUCCAAAUCAGCGCCUGAAAUACCAACCAUUGAUCAGGCAUAUUCAAAAAUCAGCAAUAGCAUCACUGUAGAGUGGACUCCUGUGCCAGGGGCCACAAGUUACUUGCUCACAGCUGAAGAUGGGGACACAAUCAUUGAGACCACAGUGACCAGUUCCCCGGGCACUUUGACAGGCCUGAAGGCUGCGACCUUGUAUCAAAUCACCAUCAGAUCCAUCAGUGCCUCUGGAAGAAGCCAAGCAUCGUCUCCAAAGCAGGCAAAGACAGUGUUGGCUGCACCGGUUUUGGAAGUUGGCUCUCCGAGUCCAGACUCCAUCCUUGUGAGAUGGGACGCCGUAUACAUGGCAAUUGGCUUCUCCGUGUCUGUUAUGCGAGCCAAUGGCUUGGGUAGAAUUUGGAAAGAGAAUACUACAAACACCUCCUUGACCUUCAGCAGCUUAGAAGCUGGGACUUUGUACACUAUCAAGGCCUAUGCGUGGAAUGCCAAUGGAAUCCCUGGGGAUGACUCCACCUGCAACCUGAGAACCAGUCCUCGUGCCCCUGCCAACAUUGAAGUCUUCUUUGACAGCGGGGCCCUGAAGGCGUCUGUUUCAUGGACACCAACAGUAGGAGCAUUCAGUUACACUGUGGUGGCGUCCAGCAAUUCUUCUCAGCGGAGCUGCAGCACAGCUCUCAACGCCUGCAGCAUCAGCUCCCUGCAGUGUGGGAUGGAGUACCUCAUUUCUGUCUCAGCCAGUAACGAUGCUGGGUCCAGCAGGUCCUCUGCAGGGACCCUGAAGACUGUGGCUUGUGCACCGGGAAGAGUGACAAUCCGAGAAGACCGCCCCGGCCAUUUGUCUGUGGCUUGGUCUGCCGUGGAGCUGGCUGACUACUAUGUGGCUUUCGUGAAGGGUGGCGAUGGCCUGGAAGCUCACUGCAACACCUCGCUCACUCAGUGCCACUUCCUGUUCCAGUGUGGCUUCACAUACUUCAUUAGUGUGUUUGCCUACAACGCAGCAGGGCAGAGCCCCCUGGGUGAUGUAUCCAAUUACACCACAGCUCCUUGUUGUCCUAGUGACAUCCAUGCAGUGUUGGUGUCCAGUGACAGAGUGGAAAUAGCCUGGUCUCCUGUGCGCGGUGCUGAACUCUAUGAAACCAAGGCCACAGCUGGGCACAGUGUUGUGGAGUGUAACGACACUGCUCCUGCUUGUACCCUCUCUGCUUUGGAUUGUGACACCAAGUACAACAUCACAGUGUAUUCCUUCAGCGAGGUCCGGGGCAGCAAUCUGUCAUGUCCCUCCUACUACGUCACCACAGCUCCUUGCAGUCCUGAGAUAAAAAAUAUUUCAAAGGAUGCAUUCUCCACGAUUAACGUGCACUGGCAGUCUGCUAAUGAAGGCGCCACUUACACGGUGACUGCCCAGGGGAAGAAGGGCAUGUUCCAGUGUAGCAGCACCGGGGAGACGUGCGUGCUUGGGGGCCUGCCCUGUGGCUCCAUGUUCUCUGUCACUGCAGUGGCUGAAACUCCAGUGGGGAAGAGCCUUCCCAGCUACAGUGUGCCCCUGGAAACAGUGCCAUGCUGUCCAGCUGGUCUGACAGUGGUUCAGGUCACCCAGUCUAUAGUCAACGUGAGCUGGACUAUUGGGACAGUGGCUCAAACCUAUGUGACUGCGCUGGAGUCACACAUCGGACGGUCUAAGUGUCACACCCAUCAAAACCACUGCCUUCUGGGUUGCAUUGCAUGUGGCAUCAACUACACGGUGGCACUAAAAGCCGUCAGCCCCACUGGACUGACUGCAGACUGCGCCUACCAAAGCUAUUCCUCCAGUGCCUGCUGCCCACUGGGGGUCAAAUUAUAUAGGCUGGGCCCUAAUGGCAUCCGGAUCCACUGGCAAGCCUCCAGGGGCUCAGCCAAUUAUAGCACUGACCUCUACGGCUCCAAAGGCAUCUUCACAUGUGUCCCAAGUGCUGGCCUAAGUUUCUGUGACGUCACCGACAUCCCCUGUGGGGAUGUCUACACAGUGAUGGUCUCACCAGUUGCUGAAACAGGACUGAAGCUAACAUUCUGUCCAAAAAAGAUAUAUUCAGUCACCUGCUCUGGAAGUACACUUGGGAUGGUGAUUUACAGAGGGAAGAGGAAUGACACGGUGAACCCCAGGUAAAAACAGACGCCCCACGAGAGUCCCUGUGUGGUUAGUGAGCAGCGUUGGAAACAAACUAUUAGAACACAGAAUGCCGUAGGAUAGCAAAAGCACCCCUGGUCUUUAAAGGAGUAAUUCAUUCGACAGGGCAAGGUCAACUGUGUCAUCAGCUGCAGAGAAGCUCAAGAUGAGCUGUGGAGAGGACUCUACAGAGACGAGCCAGAAAGUCCCCUGGAAGGCCGCCAGAGUGAGUCAGCUCACUGUCAGAGCUUGCAAGCAUAAAAGCUCUGCCUAGCAGAAAUUUGUUCAGAGGCUUCACGUCCAGACACACCACAGAAUGCUGCCCACCCCAACCCCGUGUAGCUCAGGCUGGCACUGAAGUCUCAAUCCUUCUGCCGCAGCCUCCCAGAGUGCUAGGGUGACAGGCUCCCACCGUUUUGCCCAGCGCUCCAUUAUAGACUUAAACGCGUCCUGUUCACGAGUGUCUCAACAGCUUGCCAUACAGCACCCCAACCACCACCACCCAGGAAGAUGGACAUGUACCCCCAUAGCAGUCAGGCCACCCUCAGGAGGACAGCAUCCACCCCGAGACAGGCCUCAGUCGGGACUUCUUAGCUGGAGUUGUAUAGCAGCAGCUGCUAGGGCAACGUGGGUAACAAACGCCCUCGGCACAAGUUCCCGGGGAAGCGAAGCUGCCUGCAGACUUCACUGAGUCAGAGCAUGUGAGCAGACAUCUGCUAGAGCCUCUGGGAAAGCAGAACCACGGGCCCGUGGCUGGAAAGAUUGCCAUCGCGUUCUCAGAGCCAGCGAAGAUUUCAGGUGGUGCUGAUGCGGCGGCCAAGGGCUGAUUCUCAGACUGUGGCAGACCGACCUACACACAGCUUUUCGGGGCUUCGUCCCUCUUGCAGACUGUUCUCUACGCUCCCUGUCACGUUGUAAAGGCUUCUUCCCAUGUUGGGAGAGGAAAAACGUAAAUCUGUUGUUAUCUAGAACAAUGUUGGUCUGUCUAAUGCCAGAAACCCAAUUUUAAAGUAGUAUGGAGAAGAUCACGCAGCUGUGGUGCUUAGUCCUCAGAUGAGGGGCUGGAGGCUCUGAAGAAAUGGCUCAGUGGUUAAGAGAACAGGCUGUUUGUUCAAAGGACCCAGGUUCCAUUCCCAGCCCUCACAUGGUAGCUCACAACCAUCUGUAACUCUCGUUGUGGGGUGGGGGGUGGGGGGUGAUCCAUACCCACUUCUGGCCACUGAGAGCAUUGGGUCACGAAUGUGGUUUACAGACACACAUGCAGGAAAAAUAUCCACACUUGUAAAAUAAAUAAAAAUAUUUAAAAAGCAUGGCUUUCGAGUCCAGACUGUGUGUGCUAGGAAGCAACUCUAAAGCCCGGCGUAAAGGAAGCGGAGCAUGCAGU